AUGUCUGACACAGAAGAUGUGAUGGAUGAGGGAGUUCAAGUCCCAUUGUUCAUUUGUACAGAGCGUAUAAUUAUAUUGCCGGAUAAAACUUUUUUUAAAGGCUCAAUCUUUUAUCUCAAGUAUCUAUCAAAUAUCCAAGCACCAAAAAUUCCAGAGGGAGAAAAAGUAGAUUUUGAUGACAUCCAAAAAAAGCGUCAGGAGAAGGAUUUAACAGAACUACAGUCUCUUAUAGAGGCUCACUUCCUCCAGAGACAGAAAGAUGAAGAGGAACUCAUUGCUCUGGUCAACAGAAUUGAGAAGAGGCGAGCAGAGAGAGCCGACCAGCAGCGAGUGAGAGCAGAGAGAGAGAAAGAGCGUCAGGCCAGACUCGCCGAAGAGAGAGAGAGGAAGGAGCAGGAAGAGCAGAGAAAGAAGCAGGAUGAAGAUGCCAAGAAGAAGAAAGCUCUUACUAAUAUGACCCAUCAGUAUGGUGGCAUACAGCAAAGGGGUGAAGGACGCAAAGGUGCAAAGAAACAGACCGAAAGGGAGAAAAAGAAGAAGAUCCUGGCUGAUCGGCGAAAACCACUGAGCAUUGAUCAUCUGAGUGACGACAAACUCAAGGAUAAAGCCAAUGAAUUGUGGCAGUGGUUGAUGCAGCUGGAAGCAGAAAAGUACGAUCUAAACGAGAAACUGAAACGCCAGAAGUACGAUAUAAAUCAGCUCCUUGCCCGCGUCCAGGAUCACCAGAGUGCCAAGGGACGCGGCAAAGGCAAGAUGGGAGGAAGGCUGAGAUAGAUGUUGACAGCACAUAUGAGAGGAAUUUCUGUCCUUCUGCAUUAGUUUUGUUUGAAGAUAUUUAAAAGUCAUUAUUCGGAACAUACAAAAAUGGUCUGGCUGUACAUUUUUGCUUUGCAGUCUCUUGCACAUUUUUGCCAUGAAUAAAUAAUAGCACUUUC